AUGGCAUAUACUCAGACACAGAUAGGCGUAAGAUCUGAGGCAUCUCUCCAAAGCCUGGUCUUGCGCUUCGUCAAGGACCAGUUCGAUGACUACAGAGAAAGUACAAUUGGAGCUGCCUUUUUGACGCAGACCGUGACUCUUGAGGAUCAAACGACGGUUAAGUUUGAAAUAUGGGAUACAGCCGGCCAAGAACGAUACAAGUCUCUUGCUCCCAUGUAUUAUCGUAACGCGAACUGCGCAGUCGUCGUCUACGACAUCACGCAGACCGCAUCUCUUGAGAAAGCCCGUUCGUGGAUCCGCGAGCUUCAGCGCCAGGCAGACCCAUCUAUAGUAAUCGCUCUCUGUGGCAACAAGUCUGAUCUCGCUGCACGACGUCAAGUGACUGAGGAGGAAGCGAAGAAGUAUGCUGACGAGGAGGGCCUCAUGUGGUGCGAGACGAGUGCGAAGACCGGAGAGGGUGUUCAGGAGAUAUUCACAGCGAUUGCCAAGAAGCUCCCACAGAAUGCACCGCCAUCUGCGCGGGGAGGACGGCCGGGUCCAGCAGCAAGAGCAGGAGUCGACCUGAACAAGCAGGCUAGCGGCACCCCUGGGCAGAAUGAGCCUUGCAACUGUUGA